GUGUGUGACGUCACCACCAGCUCCAGAAUCUAUGGAGCUCCUUUUAUGGUGUUUUUUUUUCUUCUUCUGUUCAGAGUAUCAGCAGCAGCCGUCCGUGAUCUCCCUCUCGAUAUAAAAAUGAAUGUGGAUCAUGAAGUCACGCUUCUUGUGAAUGAGAUUCACCGACUUGGCGAAAGAAAUGCGGAUGGUAAACUCAGUGUCAAAUUUGGUGUCCUGUUCAACGAUGACAAGUGUGCCAAUCUCUUUGAGGCGUUGGUCGGGACACUAAAAGCGGCCAAGCGGAAGAAGGUCAUCUCAUUUCAGGGUGAGCUCUUGCUGCAAGGAGUUCAUGACAACGUUGAUGUGAUACUACUACAGGAAUGAACUGACAAGCAGUAGCCAAGACCUUGCAAUCAGAAAGAAAACACACUCAUGAAUGUGUCUUCUUUGUAUACUUUUAUAAAUGUGGUUUUUCUGACUGCUUUUUGACCAUUGUUUUUUUUUUUUUUACCAAUGCCACCACCACAUCACCCACAAAUGUUGCUGUGGAAUAAUCCACAUCUGUAACAAGGACUAUUGUAACUUUACUGUAACCCAAGUACUUCUGAAUCUGACCAUCAGGUAGUCUUGAGCCAAAUGAUUAGUAAUGUAAAUGGUUUUGACAAUUUUUUUUAACAACACAGAAAAUUUUCAAUAAGAUUAUGGCCGCCUUUUUUUUAAUAUUUGACACUGUACUGAUAAAAUCUCAGGUGUAUCUCAGGUGGUAAAUAUUUUUUGGCUGCUGGCUUAUUCAUAAUAAAUGGUUCCACUUUG